UUUACUUUAUCGUUUGCGAAAGUGGUUCUCAGUGGUUCUUCUGGUAUUUCAGAUCACUGAUAGAUUAAAAGAUAUUUUGGCUGUUCAACUGCAUCGGAAACCUUCGCGGCUAUGGACAAUUUAAAGAGACUGUUGAAAUCAUAUGAAGCAUGGGUGGCUGCAAACCCGGAAACAGUGUGCGACGUAGAAACCACAACAAAAUGGAUAUCUUACUUCAUUGCUGGACGCAUUUAUGAUUCAAAUGUGGUAUCCGAGCUCGUAUACACACUAUCCAAUAUGUUGGUACUUUACAAUGACCGCAUAAUCGACAAAUCCCGACAAAACAGCCUAUCUAUAGAGUAUACAAAGGUGAACUUCGACGCUAGCACUAGUGCAGUAGCGCGUCGCAACAACAAAAAGGAGAAAUUUGUCUACCGUUUAAAGGUCAUGUUGACCACGUUAGAAUAUUGUGAGGUGUUCAUUGAGAUAUCGGCUAAACGCAUUUUUGGCGUCAAAGGAAAGUGGCUGUUCGUUGCGCUAGUACAACUCGUGAAAGCAGCAGGGCGCUUUUUCAUACUUAAGCAUUCAACAGAGAAAAUAAUCACAUCACCGGCACUUCCUGCACUCAAUCGUCGUGCACUAAUCAAGAAACUAAAAUCAAAGAAAAAUGGUCUUAUGAUUGAAGAGUCAGCGGCAAAAAGUAACACUUUGAACCAAAAUGGCUUUGGUGACAGCAGCUUUACUUUCCAAUUAAAACGUUCCGGUCGAAUGAUGCGCAAAGUAGAGGGUGCACCCCCAAUACAAUAUCGCGAUUUCAAACUAGCAGACGAAGGAACAGAAGCAAAUUCCAAAAUUCCGGUGAACUACGCGCUGGUACAAGCAGAAUAUUUGUACAUUGUCAAACCAUUGAUACACUUAGCCACAAUGGGAGUGUUCGGUGAAAAGUGCUGGAAACAGUACGUAAUAUCGCUAGCAUUAGAUUUGGUCAGUAUACGGAUGUAUCAUCAACAUCGCCAAAACAUGAACAAAGAACAGAAGUUGGAAUUGUCGCGCCGCUGCAUCAAUCUACUAUUAUAUUUGAUGCGCUCACCGUUCUUCGAACAUACGACACGCUCACGCCUAGAUCGUGUGCUAUCGUUUGUGGGAGAUGUUCCGCUGAUCAAGAUGCUGUCAGAACCGCUACGCGAAUAUAUACCCCACUGGCAGCGCACAUACUUUUAUUUGUGGUCGACAUAGAUAAGCACUGUAGGUCUGACGAUUUUUGUACGAUUAUAUUUUCGAGUUAUCAACUUGCAGAUCAAAUAUGUAUUGUGAAAUGUAUUUUAUUUAAUUGUGAGCGGUAUUUACAUAUAUAGGGAAUGAGCUGAAAUGCCAUUCCGGCAUAGUUAAGAAAUAAAAAAACGAACUUUUGUAAAACUAA